UGAAGGGUGGUGGAGGAAGGAGGAGGAAGAAUGAAGACCCAACACGUGUAGGAAGGCCAAUUUGUUGUCGUAGAGGUGCCAUUUUAGGCGAAGGUGAUCGUCUUUCUGAGUUGGAGGCGGAUCAACAAACCCUAUCGCGCUGCGUUGUUCUUUCCUUGUUCGUCGCCUGACAGCGGAGGAGAAGUUUCCAUGCUUCUCCUUAUCCACAUUGCUUCUUCUGGGAUCCGCUUCGCUAUAAUUACCUCUCUUCUCUAGCUCGUCCAUUUCUAUUGCAUUCUGGGUUCUCUUUCCUUCCAAGUCCAAGAUAUUUAUCUUGGGUUUCAGACCAUCCUUCAGGAGAUCCCAGGUGCUAAAUUGAAAUGGAUGGUGUGAAAAUUAUUGAAGAGAUGCCACUUUCGGAACCCUCAAUUAUUGUUGAUCAGGCUGCUGGGGAAGUGGGAACAGAGUUUUCUCCAAAGCCUUCUGAUCAUGUCAAUGCGAAGAAACGCGUUAUUGAUACAGCAGCACCUUUCCAAUCUGUCAAAGAAGCUGUUUCCAAAUUUGGAGGAACUGUAGACUGGAGAGCCAAUCGAGCCAUGAGUAUGGAGAGGAUCAGGUUUGCAGAAGCAAAACUUGAAAAAUCAGAGGAGAACCAACUACCUAAUGAGGAUUUGGGAAGGACUUUGAAACUUAUAGAUGAAUUGAAACUCAGCCUUGAGAAGGCACAAAAGGAGGAACAUCAGGCUAAGCAAGAUUCAGAACUUAUGAGGCUCAAAGUUCAAGAGAUGGAGCAGAACAUCGAAAAUGAAGCUAGUAUUGCUGCUAAGGCUCAACUUGAGAUUGAUGAAGCCAUGCAUGCAGCUGCAGUUUCAGAUUUGAAAGCCAUAGAAGAGGAACUGGAAUCACUGCGUAAGGAUUUUGCUUCUAUGGUGAUUGAAAGUGAGAAAGCUAUUAAAGAAGCUGAAGAGGCUGUUGCUGAAUCUAAAAAGGUUGAGAAGACAGUGGAAGAUUUGGCUCUUGAGUUCAUUACUACUAAGGAGUCAUUGGAGUCCACGCAAACCAACAACUUAAAAUUUGAGACAGAAAGAACAAGAGCAGCCAUGGUUGGAGAUCUCAGAUCAAAACUGGAUGCAUCUUCUUCUUUACUGCUUGAUUUGAAAGCCAAACUAGAAGAGACAAAAUUGAAGCAGCAGUAUGAUGAAGAACAAAGAAAGGAACUUGAGGAAGUAAAACGCAAAAUAGCAAAAGAAACUGCUGAGGUUAACUACUUGAGGGUAGCUUCCCUAUCGUUAAAAUCAGAACUUGAAGAGGAAAAAUCUGUUAGUGCCGUGAUUAGGCAAAGGGAGGAAAUGGCGUCUGCUGCAGUUGCAUCUCUCAAAGAUGAACUUGACAGAACUCAAUCUGAAGUAGCUUUGGUUCAGAAGAAGGAGAAAGAAGCCAGAGAGAAGAUGAUUGAGCUGCCUGAGAAACUGGAAGAGGCAGCCCAAGAGGCUGAUCAGGCAAAGAUGCUUGCUCAGGAAGCUCAUUUAAGGCUGCAGAAAGCAAAGGAAGAGGCUGAACAAGCAAAGGCCAAAGCAAAUGAGAUGGAAAGUAGACUACUUGCAGCACAAAAGGAGCUAGAGGCUGUCAAGUCUUCUGAAAAGUCAGCAAUGGAAGCAAGUAAAGCAUUGCAAGAGAGUGAAUCAGCUAGAAGCAACAGUAAUGCAGAAUCUCCCUCUGAGGUGACACUUUCAAUGGAGCAAUAUGAUCAUCUCUGUAAGCUUGCCCAUGAAGCAAAUGAGCAAGCCAAUAAGAGGAUUUUGGCUGCUAAUUCUCAGAUUGAUAUGGCUAAGGAGUCUGAAUUGAGAAGCUUGAUGAGGUUGGAAGAAUUAAAUCAAGAGUUGGCUGAAAGAAGGAAAAUGCUGAAGGAAGUGACCGAGAAAGCUGAGAAGGCAAAGGAAGGAAAAUUAGGUGUAGAACAAGAGUUGAGAACUUGGAGGGCUGACCAAGAGCAACGAAGAAAUGCCAGUGAAGAAACCCAAGGAACAGUAAAUCAGAACAAAGAUUCCAAGUCUGGUUCUGAUGGAAAGCAAGAACCCAAAAAAUUGGACCAACCUACAAACAAAAAGGGCACUGGACCAUCCUUAGAAACAAAGACCAAAAAGAAGAAGAAGUCAUUGUCAUCAAAGAUUGCCAUGUUCUUUUCCAGAAGAAAAACCCAUCCAACUAAGUGAACUUAAUCUUUUACAGUAGUCCUACCUCCCAUCUUUCGCAAUUUUCCUCACAUGAGGUACAAUUGUUUGAUUUGACCAAUGCUGCAAACAUGUGUCUGUUUGAUAUACUUGUAGGCAUGGUUGAUAGGACUUGAUUCUCACCCGGUGGAACUCUGGAAUCUGUAUGUGCUGUGAAUUCUGGGGACACAUGCUUUUCUAUCAAGUUCUUGGUUGUAAAAAGAUAAUAAGAUGAUUUUUUAUUAUAUAUAGGCUGUAGCUAUUCAAUUAUUCUUUGUUUUUACU